CCUGAUGCAGCGGCAUUCAAAGAUGCGUGGUUUUCAGUGAUGGUUUUCAUUCUCCUGUAAGCCAUCAUGAAGCGUCACACGCUCAUUCUCCUGUGUUCUCUGUUCAACUUCACCCUGCAGCUGAAUCCAAAAGAUCGCUGCGUGUGUCAGCUGACUAACAAAGAGAAGACCUUCCCUCAUGAGACCCUCAACUCAGUGAAUGACGAUGCAAGAAAAUGCUCUCACACCGUCACCGCACAGAAGGCCUUGGAACUUGAAAGUCUGCUGCUUGGUUUGAAGCUCCGUCUGCCCCAACUACUAAAAGAUUUGUCAGUGCUGGAGAAGGAGGAUGAUGGCGAGCUAUAUGGCGCCGUCAGCCUUCAGGUGAUCGAAAAUGAACUCAUUGAGAUCAGGAAUAUGCUCGACAGGCUCAACGCAACCACGCAGGAGUACGAGCAGUUAACUACUGACUCUGGCAGACAGCUGAUGCACUUAAGAACGCAGCUGCGGGAGUUGGAGAAAUACGACACCCUUCAGGUCGAAAAGAAACGUAAAGACAACCAGCGCCUGAAAAGAGCCCUGGAUGAGUGCAGAAAUGAAAAUGAACACGGUCAAGGGCCCACACAUCAACCGGACACCCAGACCUCAGAUAUUUGUCCCCAAGGCAAGUUUGUGAACAUUACCGGGCCUCGAUUCUACUCAAAAGGAGAAACGACUAUUAACCACAAGUAUGGAGGCUGGGGCCGUGACCCGAAACCUGAGAAGGACAAAAAGAACUGGUAUUGGCGGGUGAUUCUCAACGUCAACAACAUAUUUGCCAACCAUAUCACCUUUUACUCCAGCCUGAGCUCUCUGACUGUCGGAAUGAAGACACCAGAUAAUUUCCUCAUCCAUCCUGCCAAUCCAACCACCAACACCGUUCAGGGACCAAAUGUUGUUCUAUAUGGCGAUGCUUUGUACUACAAUUGUUAUAACAGUGACCGACUUUGUCGGUUCAACUUAGCAUCCAAAACCGUUUCCACGCUGCAGUUACCCAAAGGCACCAGACAUAACUCCAAGGGGAAUUUUUGUCAAAUAAACGAAUGCUACCCCUACACUGACAUGGACCUUGCAACAGAUGAGUCAGGUGUGUGGCUCAUCUACAGCAUGGACCAACACUUUGGGAACCUGAUGUUGUCCAAAGUGGAAGAAGGAGAUACGCCGACGAUCAACCAAACUUGGCACACCUCCGUCUAUAAGCAGGCGGUCACCAAUACCUUCAUGGCCUGUGGUACCCUCUACGCUACGCGUUAUGUCAAUAAGGACAGGGAAGAGAUCUUCUACUCAUUUGACACCGCAACUGGAGUGGAGAAGUUCAACCUUGGCAUCUUCAUCCACAAGAUGUGUCCAAGCAUCUACUUCCUCAAUUACAGCCCAGUGGACCGGAUGUUGUAUGUCUACUGUGAUGCCUACAUGGUCUCCUAUAAGCUUUUGUUUGAAUAAGACUGUAAAUACAACAAACAUAAGUCAAAUAACCCGAUAAUUAAGUUCCUCUUUUCGUUUCGGCUUGUCCUAUUAGGGGUUGCCACAUCGUUUCCAUCCAAGUCUAUCUUCUAUAACCUCCUCUCUAACACUAAGUGCCUUCAUGUCUUCCCUCACUACACCUACCAACCUUCUCUCUGAUCUUCCGCUACAUCUUUUUCCUGGCAGCUCCAUCAUUAUCACCCUUUGACCAAUACACUCAAGAUGUCUCCUCUGGAUGUGUCCGAACCAUGCAAGUCUGCUCUCUCUCACUUUGUCUCUAAGACAGUUAAUCUUGCCAUUAAAGAGUGUGAAAGGAUAAUUCCAAA